GAGUGAGGUCAGGAUGUGGUGGGGUGCCCCCGGAAAUCCUGCGAGAUCCUUGGCAGGGAAACCAACCAAUGCUAAGCCCCUGUUCCAGCUCUCGUUCCUGGUGCACAGCAUCAGACCACAGGCAGCACCAAGCAAGCCCCAAGUCAACUGGGCGGGUACCAGGUCCCCGUCACAGUGGACGGACAAUUGAGGCAACAGGGCCAUGAGCCAUUGUCUGUCCCAACACUUUCCCCACGGUAUUUGAGAACGCUGAGGCCAAGGAGGAGAAGAGACCCGCUCGAGCUUGCAGUGAGUUAGCUGGCCACCCAAUACCACCAAGGGAUCUAGCUUUGGCGUCCCGCAUCUUCGACAGCCCGGAGAGACAGAGCGAUGGGAAACAGUAUGAGAUCCACCCCGGCACCCCCCGAGAGGCCUGUGCCCAGCCCAGAUGGACCAGACGGUGACUUCCUGGCCGUGCUGAGUGAUUACCCAUCCCCUGACAUCAGCCCCCCCAUAUUCCGCCGAGGAGAGAAAUUACGCGUGAUUUCUGAUGAAGGGGGCUGGUGGAAAGCCAUUUCCCUUAGCACUGGCCGAGAGAGUUAUAUUCCUGGAAUAUGUGUGGCCAGAGUUUACCAUGGAUGGCUGUUUGAAGGGCUGGGCAGGGACAAGGCGGAGGAACUUCUGUUGCUGCCGGACACGAAGAUGGGCUCCUUCAUGAUCCGAGAGAGUGAGACCAAAAAAGGUUUUUAUUCCCUCUCGGUGAGACACAGGCAGGUGAAGCAUUACCGCAUCUUCCGCCUUCCGAACAACUGGUAUUACAUCUCCCCGAGGCUCACCUUCCAGUGCCUGGAGGACCUGGUGAAUCACUAUUCUGAGGUGGCUGACGGUCUGUGCUGUGUGCUGACCACACCCUGCCUCACUCAGAGCACGGCCGCCCCGGCAGUGAGGGCCCCCGACUCGCCUGUCACCUUGCGCCAGAAGACCUUUGACUGGAAAAGGGUAGCCAGACUGCAAGAUGACCCCGAGGGAGCCAGGAACUCGCUUGGCGUGGAUGAGUCCCUUUUCAGUUACGGCCUUCGAGAAAGCAUCGCUUCCUACCUGUCCCUGACCAGCGAUGACAGCACGUCCUUUGACCGAAAGAAGAAAAGCAUGUCCUUGAUAUACAGCGGCAGUAAGAGGAAGAGCUCGCUCUUCUCGCCACCAUAUUUUGAAGACUAGCCUGAAACAGACACUGUGGUGUGUGCCCCAAAUAACGGAGGUUUGCACCGUCACCUGGAAUCUGGCAGAGAGGCCCGGGUCCCUGGUCCCUGGGGAACCGCACACCUUCCAGAAGCCACCAGAAGGCACCCGGAGACUUGAACUCACAUCUUCUCUAGCCACAUCACGACCAAGGGAGCCCCUCCCUGGCGUCUGAUCAGUACUGAGACGUCGCGAAACGUCGCUGAAUCAGGAUGUGAUCUGGCAACACUUCAGAAGAGCCUGCGCAUUCGUGUGUGCUUAUUGUGUUUGUGGGAAAGAUAAAGACAUUAUCUUACAAGAAAGGGCACAAGACUGUCCUCGAACAAACUGUCCAGAUGGUCACACUCUGAGCUCCUCAGAGAUAACUUCUCAAUGACGAAGGCCUGAGAAGGAGAUGAGCUGAAAGCCGUGGCCUGGCCAGUCUAGGUUUGCAAGUUGGUCUCCUGCGUUCAACUUUUCUAACCCAACCAUAACCGGACCGUUGGUAUGCAGCUCCCCUCUUUUUAAGGGAAUUCGGUGACACUAAACACGUUAAUCUUCCCUAUUAUCCCUGAAGCAGGAGAUCCUGUUGGCCUCCUGGUGUCAGAGCCUCAUGUACAGAAGUCAGAUGGCCUCCCUGCUUCUGCAGAGGGCAGGUGGGAGAGAGGGAGGCCGCCUGCAGGGAAGUGUGAGGGUAGCCCUGGAACAGGGCAAACUCGUGGUGUCCCCAGCCAUGGUUCUGCAGCACAGGAAGGGCUUCUCUGACCCGCUGAGACUCUCACCAGUAAUAAUGCAUCAAUUAUUCACUCAUGAUUGCCUGAAGAGGCACUGUGUUGGGUCCCAUGUCAGAGAAAGGAAGGAAGGAAGGGAAGAAGGAAGGAAGGAAGGAUCAGCAGAGGCACUCAGUGUAGACAGGGCAAAAAGUGUACAAACCAGUAUCGUGAAAGAGAGGUAUAAAACGGAAAUCAGCUCAUGGCUCGGGGGUGGGGAAACCGGAUCAGGUAAGGGUGCCCCAUGAGCUGACGUCUCAGUUGGACUUCAUAGAGUAUGAGUUCAGCUGGAUUGAGUAGGUGAGAAUGAUUGGCUUUUUCGGAGAAAAAAAAAAAAAAAAAGGAAACUGAUUAAUUCUAAAGAAUUAAUUCCUCCAGUAUUUUAUUCUAAAAAGGGUCUGGCAGCCGCAUGAAUAAAACUGCUGAGCUCCAGGAAAGAAGGGAGUCAGAGUAGCUUUAAUGCUGUCAUACUAAUUUUAAGAGAUGAGAAAGAAAGCACAGUAAAGUUCUAGAAAAGGAGAAGUCUUUAUCUCUAGGCUGCCCAGCCGGAUCCUGUUAGGAAGGGGUCCGCAGCGACACCCGUGACUCAUUCUCCCCUGUUGCAAAGGGGUCAGGGGGAGGAGGGGCGCCUGAGAUACCCCUCGCUGACUGAUACGAGAAAUCUGUUCACCACACGCAUUCCUUAGAUCUGUGAUCACUGUGCUAGUGAUAUGUGUAUAUGCAUUUAUGUGAUUUUCUGUAUCAUCAGACUCUCGUGUGUUUAUACAAGAAGACAUUUACGGUUUCCCCAACAAUCCCUAAAGGCUGUUACAAAGGGACCAGCCGAUGUAUGGGAAAUGAAUGUAACACUGUGGAUGCUGACUUCUAGCUCGAGGCAGGGGGACCUUGCAAACGCCAGAUGUUUGGACGGUGUCUUAGGCGUCGUUUUCCGUUGUGACUAGUGUGCUGGGAACUUUAGGGGAGCACUCAGAGGUAUUUCUAAGUGGCAAGCAUUACACUUUGCUAAAUCAUGUAUUUAUUUCUGAUUAAAAUAUACCUAAUAAAUAUUUAACCCUUGGGA